AUGUCUAUUACAGAGAAAACCCCGAAAGUAAACACAGUGAACUCCCAUUCAAACAGGACAUCAGAGAUCCUAAUCACUAAAGCCUCAGCAGAAUAUAACAUCCCACAAAACAGGAUCGUGAUCAUGACCAAGCUAUACUGUCCAGUCUUCGACCCGGAUUCUCCAUCGCGACCCAAUCCCGCCAUAAACAACGGUGAGUUGGUGAAUCAGAUGGGCCUGAGUCGAAAAAAAUAUAUCUUCGACACGCCAGAGGAAAUCAUGGGUGCACUGCAUGAUCUUGUCCGGAUGGGCAAAUUGGCGCGGUUGCAGUACACAGCGAAGAUGAACAAUUGGACGACGUUUACGAGUAUGCGGGGACUCUGGAACUUGCUUUACAGGGAGAAGGAGCGGGAGGUCAAUCCGUUCUAUAAAACUGAGGGGAAUGGGCUGAUUCCUUGGAGUCAGUUGGCUCGUGGAUUAUUGGCUAGGCCCUGGAACGCGCAGACAUAUCGGUCUAGUCAGGAUAAAAAGACAGUUAAGUGGUUCUCUGGGGAGCAGAAUAAGGUUAUUGUUUCACGGGUAGAGCAGUUGGCAAAGAUGAAAGGGUGCAGUAUGAGUGCUGUUGCUAUUACGUGGUUGUUGAAGAAGGACGCGUGUCCGAUUGUUGGGUUGAAUAGUAUGGAGAGAAUUGAAUCAGCGGGAGAGGAAUCGAAUCUGCUACGAGAUGUGUCAGAUCCGUGGACAGAGUGGCCAUAG